AUGGCUAGGCAGGUUUUAACCCAUCAAGGUUUCUACCGUAGCAAAACAGCGACGAGUCACCCGGACGCUGCAAACGAUGAAACCACAAAGCCCGGCUCACCACGGGCCAGCAGCGGGGUAGCUGUCACAGGUCUCUCACCGGUCCAGGCAGCACCACCCCACGGCUUCACCGGGGAACACCCCACCCAGAAUGCCGAUCCCGGAGGCAUUCCAUCGCACGUGGCCCUGUACCAGCUACCAGAGCUCGCCGAAGGCCCAUCCACCUCCCGCGUGGCUCUACGAUGGCUCGCAAUAGCCGGCGACACCACUGCGGCAGCCAGCCAGGAAGGACGACCCGAAGAACAUAUCGGGGAGCUGCAGCUCCUCAGACGGGAGAACGCGGUUCUCCGUACGGCUGAAGUCCCCCCCACCACCAGUAGCGGCACCACAACGCCUAGGCUCCUGGCCCGACCCUCCAUGGCACAGCGACCCCAAACCACCGGGAGCAGCCACCAGCCCCGACUCAGGGAAGCUUGCCCCCUCAGCUGGCAGUGGUCGCUGUCGACGCCCCGGACAGAGCCAGUGACGGCCCCCAGCGCCACCAGGGCCACGAAGGCCUGGAUCGAGGCCGCCCGAGCAGCUAAGGAGGAGCAGAGCGAGGAGGAGGGACUAGGCGAAACCGAAACUCCGGACGACAGCGGGAAAGGGUCGGAAACCACGGACGAGACCGACAGUGAGGUCCCUAGUCCAUUUCCCAGCCGGGGUAACGAGGAUAGCACGGAGGAGUACCCGUGGACGGAGUCGGGCAUCGGCGACGGGCGAGCUACGCCACCUCUAGCGGCACAGGCAGCUACGCCACCUCCAGAGGCACGGGCCACCACGCCACCUCCGGAACCACGGGCAGACGCGCCACCUCCAGAGGCACGGGCAGCUACGCCACCUCCAGAGGCACGGGCCACCACGCCACCUCCAGAGGCACGGGCAGCUAUGCCAGGGCAAGCCACACCAUCCCCAGAGCCAGGUAGCGACACCCAGCCGGAAGACGACGACCUCUCGCUAUGGCUAUCCGGCCCCGAGGCGCAGGAAUUGUCAGAGCUCUUCGAGGAGCUGCCCACCUUAGCGAAUAUCCAGGAGGAGCGGGAUUGGGUGGAGGCACCAGAGGUGUGGCGCGUGGAAACCCCCGGUCACCCUACGGGAGAGUGCCAGCCAGCGGGCGUUGAUAGUGGGACCCAGGACCCGGGAGAUUAA